AUGCAGAAUCACAGGUUGAAGCAGCAGCAUCAGCAACAACAGCAAGCUAUGAUGCAACAAGCUCUGAUGCAACAACAGUCUCUCUACCACCCUGGUCUCCUAGCUCCACCUCAGAUUGAACCAAUUCCAAGUGGAAAUCUGCCUCCUGGUUUUGAUCCAAGUACUUGCCGCAGUGUGUAUGUGGGCAACGUUCAUACCCAGGUGACCGAGCCACUUCUGCAAGAAGUUUUUGCAGGUACUGGCCCUGUUGAAGGGUGUAAACUUUUUAGAAAAGAGAAGUCAUCCUAUGGAUUCAUUCAUUACUUUGAUCGCAGAUCUGCUGCUCUGGCCAUAUUAACUCUCAAUGGAAGGCAUCUUUUUGGGCAACCUAUUAAAGUUAACUGGGCAUAUGCUAGUGGUCAGAGAGAGGAUACAUCAGGCCAUUACAACAUAUUUGUUGGUGACCUCAGUCCUGAGGUUACUGAUGCUACACUUUUUGCAUGCUUUUCUGUCUACCAAAGUUGUUCAGAUGCAAGGGUUAUGUGGGAUCAGAAGACAGGGCGUUCAAGGGGUUUUGGAUUUGUUUCAUUCCGUAGUCAGCAGGAUGCUCAAAGUGCUAUAAAUGAUUUGACCGGUAAGUGGCUUGGAAGCAGACAGAUACGCUGCAAUUGGGCAACAAAAGGUGCUGGCGGCAUCGAAGAGAAACAAACCCCAGAAAACAAAAGUGUGGUGGAACUAACAAAUGGCUCAUCUGAGGAUGGUAAAGACACACCUAACAAUGAUGCUCCUGAGAACAAUCCUCAAUACACAACUGUUUAUGUGGGUAACCUUGGUUCUGAGGCAACACAGCUUGAUCUCCAUCGUCAUUUCUAUACCCUUGGGGCUGGUGUGAUAGAGGAGGUCCGUGUCCAGCGUGAUAAAGGAUUUGGGUUUGUGAGAUUUAGUACUCAUGCUGAAGCAGCUCUGGCAAUUCAGAUGGGAAAUGCCCAGUCUUAUCUCUGCGGUAAACUAAUUAAGUGCUCCUGGGGGAGCAAGCCCACUCCACCCGGAACUGCUUCAAAUCCUCUUCCCCCACCUGCUGCUGCGCCUUUGCCAGGUCUUUCUGCAACUGAUAUUUUGGGCUACGAGAGGCAGAUAGCAAUGAGCAAGAUGGGCGGUGUUCAUGCUGCAUUGAUGCAUCCCCAAGCGCAACAUCCUCUUAAGCAGACUGCAAUCGGAGCAAGCCAGGCGAUUUAUGACGGCGGGUUCCAAAAUGUUGCUGCUGCACAGCAAAUGAUGUACUAUCAGUAA